AUGGUCGGUGUCAUCAGCUUCCUCCCGCAUCUGCCCAACUCUGUAUGCCGCAGCGACUCCCAUGUCAGACGUGUGAACAUGGCCUCGGUUUCGAAAACUGUCUUGGCAACCGGCUUCUCGUCCGGAUUGGGAUUCGAAGUCCUGCGUCAACUUCUGGAUCGAAGCACACCCUACAAUAUCAUAUUCGGGGCUCGCGACCGCGAGGCAGCCAUUGACGCCGUCUCCAAACUCCAGUAUGACGAUGCGGCAAAUGCCGUCACCGUGCUUCCCCUGGAGCUUUCCGACAUGAAGACGGUCCGAUCCUUUGCCCAACAGGUCAUGGAAAAAAUCGGCCCUGGCAAGAUUGAUUACUUAGUUUUGAACGCGGCCAUUUUCAAGGGGACCGUGGAGGAGGAUGAGGAUAGUUAUGGGUCAAGGUGGUGCGAGGCUGCUGUGGUGAAUCACUUCUCACAUCACUACUUGAUUCAUUUGCUUCAGGGGAAGCUUGUUGCUUCCAAGACUCGAAUCGUCAUGGUGUCGUCGGCAGCUUUGAUCCAUGUAGAGGACCCAGACGAUUUGGACGACCUAUUGCAACCUGGCUCCGGAUUUGAUGGAUUCUUCGUCUACGCGGGCAGCAAGUUCGUACAACUCCUUGGUGCGCACUGGUGGCGCCGCCAGCUCCAGAACCAGUGCGUCGUCAUCGCCGUUUCCCCGGGGCUGGUUCCCAACACUGGAUUGGGACGCGAGAGGGGCAGCAAGACCUCUGGUAUCUUGCCUGAUGCGAAAUCAGCGAGGCAGGGUGCAGCAAACAUUCUCAAAGGCCUGUUGCGGGACGAUCUCCCAGAGGACCCGGACCGCAUCUUCUUGACGAGCCGGGGCGAGUGGUGGGAUACCUAUUUCAUUAGGGCGACGUUGGAUAGGGAGCUUCAGAACUGGUGGUGUCCCAGCCAGGCCGAGCUGGACGAGGAGGCUGGCAUAUCCUAG